UUUCACUUCUGUAAGUCACUCUGCAUGAGGCUGGUGCCAGAUGCUUAUCAUAUGCGGUUUGGAGUGGUAUAGUGCUGUUUUUAGGUUCUUCAUGUCUUGUAGACUGCGUCGGUAAUCAGAAUGGAAAUACUAGGCCUACGCCACCUAAGGUGACUUGCUAAGCUUAUCCCUUUUGCAUCAUGCCCCACUGUGCAUCCUGAUCAAUAAUGUAGCAUAAAUAACCGCGAGGGCAACGGAACUGCAGCUUUAAUCUUUCUUUAUCUCCGUCCGGCUCCAGUGUAGUCAGCAAAACAGUCUUUUAAAGCAUGACCCAAAAAGUGUCCAAGCUUCAAGGAAAUUAAAUCGCCAACGGCGACUGAAAAAAAGGGCAGAUUUAAAGGGCAAGAUCGGUGCUGAAGUGCGGAUGGGAUGAGGCAAACCACACUAGCCGGAGAGGAAGUGAGAGAGAGAGAAGAGCAUCAUCAGCUCGCAUCGUGAAGCGCCUCACACCACGAACAUCUCUCGCACCGUACACAAAACAGCAAGAAGCAACCACGGAAAGGACACCAUGUCGGUAAACUGCACCGUGUGUCUUGGCCGGACAUCGCCAUUGGCUUUUACCGGGAUGCGGAUUUCUACAGGCCGCUGACUGAAACACCGCAACGGAGGAGGGAAGGACGGCAGACGCUCUAAAACGUGCUUUGUGAACGCUGCGUCAGCUGACCUCACCCACCAACGAUCAUGUUAUCCAUCUUGGCUGCGGGCUCUGUGUUUUUCCCCGGGCUCUUCCUCUUGUCCAAGCAGUGUCUGAAACGGCUGCCUGGUCUGAGAUGGAGCGAGGGGGAUGCAGUCAUGGUGUCGGCCAGGUUGGUGUCAUCCGUCCAAGCAGUCAUGGCUUCCUCAGCUGGUUACAUCAUCUCAACUUCCUGUGAUGACAUCAUUGAGGAUCAGCACUGGCUGACCACCUCCUACAUCCUGUUCGCCGUGCCCUACUUUGUGUACGAUAUAUACGCCAUGUUCCUGUGCCACUGGCACAAGCUUCAGGUCAAAGGUCACGAGGUGGAUAACGGGCCCAAGUCCAAGUCUGUGGUCCUGAGCAGCUAUCUCCGCAGAGAGUUCCUCAUGGUCUUACAUCAUGUCGUCAUGGUCACCGUGUGCUUCCCUGUCUCCGUGUUCUGGAGACAGGGGAAGGGUGAUUACUUCCAGGGCGUCAUGUUCCUAGCUGAGCUCAGCACUCCCUCCGUCUGCCUAGGCAAAAUCCUUAUUCAGUACAAGCAGCAGCACACGCUACUUCACAAAGUGAAUGGGGCUCUCAUGCUGGUCACUUUCUUCAUCUGUCGGGUCCUUCUCUUCCCCUACCUCUACUAUGUUUACGGCAGGUACGCAUCUAUCCCUCUUUACCGGGUCCCUCUUGCUGUGCCCUGGCAGUGUAACGUGGGUGCUGCGCUGCUCAUGGCACCACAGCUCUACUGGUUCUCCCUCAUCUGCCGCGGGGCUCUGCGCUUGUUCACCGGAGGCUCCUCACGUUCCCGUAGCCCCACCUCUCCCUCCAGACUGCUGCCAGAUGGACACGCAUCUUCUUCUCAGCAAGCCAACGGCUACAGAGGUCAGGUGGAUGCGCUAGACCCGCCCACCACCAUGAUCCACUAAGAAGAGACACUCAGCUAAAGAACAAAUGUAUGUCUGUAUGUGUGUGUAUGAGUUUGAGACUAAAUGGGUCACAAAAUGAAGCCUGAUUGAAUUAAACUGUGAAGAAGAAGAAAUAAUCCGAGGAAAAUAAGUGACGCUGGAUCUACAGGAAGUGUAACAGAAUAGCUGUACUAUAGCAGUACAAUACAGCCCUCUUUUUAGCUCCAAGACCCAUGUACUGCAUAUAGGACUGCUUUAGUAGACAUAUAAGAGCUGUGCUCACAAAAAAAAAGAGUCUGGAAUGAACUUUGCAGUUGUGUUUGCACAAUAGGCAAGACUAUGUCAAAUGCACAAAUGUUUGAAAAACUGAGGCAAUAUGCGUCGUUAUUAUGCAUUAUUAUGACACUAACUGGGUUAUAAUGACUGAUUAGAUAGGCAUGUAUUGGUUUUGUGCAAGAAAUAAAUAAUACAUUUAAUGGUGAAUCGAAUUGAACAAUCUAAUGGGGAAAAAAAUAUUCAAAAUGCAAAUAUUUUCAAAUAGUUAGUAAAACCCACCAGGCAAUAAAACCUACAUUGGUUUCAUACACGAGAUCUUACUUACUUAAACCAGAGAUUAAAGACAGAUCUGUAAAGACAUCGAACACUACUGAGCUUUUUCAACAUCUAUAGAAAAUCCUUUCUGGAAUGUAUUAUUUUGUACAUGCUAGUUCCUUGUUUUUAGACAGCCUGGCUAAGCUUAAUAACCGAAGCAUAAAAGAAAAGGUGAGAUGCUACUCAAAAGUCCUGUCCUAAGGCCUUACAGAGACCUGUACAUUGACUUUAAGGCAGAACAUUCAGGUAGAUCUUAACCAGCACUAUCAAUUGUAUCUCUCUAUAUAUCUAUCUCUAUAUAUACUACUUGUAUAUACAAAGAUAAAAUAGACAACCCUGAAUUUAUAGGUGAAAAAUAAAUGAUCGAAUAUAUCGCUGCCUUAUCCUUUUGGGAAUUUUAUGUCAUUUUAGUUCCUCUUUGCUUUUUGUUUAUAGAAGAAUAUUUAAAUAUAAAUAUUGAAAAAAGAACUACAGUGUGGAUUAAGUCAAGGAGAAAAUAUUCUCAUAUAAUAUAAACAUUCUCAUACAAAAUAUUCUCUAUAACAUUUUUUAUUUAUGCUUAGUCUUUGUUUGGUGUAAGUUCCAAUUUAUUUAUUCGUUAUUUUUCGCAUAAAUGAACUUUUUAAUUUAAUGAUUUAGUGUUCUGUCCACUCAUGUUUUAUGUUCGUUAUCAUACUGGUUAUGAAACUGUAUGUUGAAACACAACCUGUAUUGAAUUCCUAAAUUAUUAAAAGUUAUGGACAUAUGAUCCUACAGUAAACCUAAAA